GUUAAAAUAGUGCUGCGGGUGAUCUUCCUGUGCUUAGAAAUCUUUCAACUGUUAACUAUUUUUCGUGUUUCUGAGCGUAAAGGGGCAGUAUCAAACGGCCAUGGCUCUGGUCGGGGGUGUCGGAGCCUCGGCCUUACCAAGCGAGCUAAUUGUCCACAUAUUUUCGUUCCUGUCCGCUCGGGACAAGCUUCGGGCCUCGGCUGUGUGUUCUCGCUGGAGGGAGUGUCUGUUCUAUCCAGCGCUGUGGACGGAGCUUAAGCUGCGGGUCGGUGGUGGUACAAAUGGCUCUGGCACUGACGAGACCCUGAAAUUGGAAUUUCUCAUGCGGAAGAUUGGCUCCUUCGUGCGUGAGUUACAGCUAGAGUUUGCCCCCGUGGAAGGGUAUCUCAGCCCUUUGCAUGAUGUAGAGGGUAGAAUGGAGCCUGCUGAAAACGACCCGCAGUUUUCUGACCGUUGGAAGGAUGCGAUGAACACCUACCUCGACCAGGUGUUAUGUGUGCUGAACAGCAUUCGGAGUAACAGAAACCUUCAAAAGCUGAGUCUGUUUGGAGACACCUGUAUUCUCCAAGAUGAGGGCAUUUUGGACAGUGCACAAUUCCAUCAGGUUGACCAAGGAAGCAAGAAAAUCAAAGAAAUCCAGACGCUGUUUGAGGAGGUCCUGACCAACAGCAGGCGCAUGAAAUGGCUCUCCUCAGCCUUUAUGCUCGGGAUGGUCACCUCCAGCUCCCUUGCGGCGAUGUCCAACCCCAGCGCCACCUCUGUGGAGCACCUGAGCCUGCUGGACAACCAGCUGCCCUCCCUGGUCCCGGCCGUGGAGAUGGAGCGCCUGCUAAACCUGCGCUCCCUGGCCCUGGACUUCUGUGACUUCACCUCCGACAUGUGCCGCCUCCUCUCCCGCGGUGACCACGUACCCCUGCACCGCCUCUCCCUGCUGAUCAACGGCACGGUGCUGGCCAGCAAGCCCCUGGAAGGCACCGCCAGUGAGGAAGACUGGAAGGCGCUGGUGCGCCACAGCGGGAACCUGCGCGUCUACGUGAUGGCGCUGGACGUGCGCAGCCAGGACCUGCUGACGGUGCUGAAGCCCAGCCUGCCACUGGAGAGGAUCCACUUCGACAGCUACUCCACCUGCACCAGCGUGGCCGUGGUGGAACUCAUCUCCCUGCAGUACAACAAGACCCUCACCCACUUCGUCCUCAUGAGGGACGACGCCGGCUUCCCGGACCUCAGCGACAAUCGCAACGAGGACCCCCUGGUGCUGCUCGCCUGGCGCUGUAUUAACCUGUCUGUCCUUGUUAUUCACGGUUACACGGUGUGGGCCCACAACCUCGUGGCCAUCUCCCGCCUGCGCGGCUCCAACCUGAGGGUGCUGGCCGUGUCGGAGGAGAGCAUCGACUUCGACCCGGACCCGGUCUUCUACCUGGAGGAGGACCCCGUGCACAACCUCAUCAAGGAGGUGUCCCUCGGGCUGGGCCGGGUCUGGCACCCCAUGAUGGACACCAGCAUCGUCCUGAGUGAGCCUUUCCAGCACUUCUACAGGGAGAUGCAGAGCUUCAGUGAGGGCAUGUAGCCAGCCUGCCCCACUCCCUUCAGACCCCAUAUUUAACACCCAUGCUUAAUGCUUCUUUACAUAAAGGCUCCGUUUCAUUUUAUUUUUUGUUUUCUGUAGUGUGAACUAACCCUUUAUAUGUGCUGUGUUUAAUCAGUAUUCGCUCAAUAUUUAUAUCUAUCUAUAUAUCUUGCUUCUUAAUAGGAGAGUAUAGUUGGAUAUUGGUUUAUUAGCUAAUGAGUGAGUGGGGGGGAAGGGCUUUAUCAUGGCUAGCUUACAAGAUGUAUGGCGUGUUUGUUUACCUGUUUGUUUAUUGGUUUCUUAUAGGGGAGUGUAGAGUUGCCGUAAGCUAAGUCUAUCGGUUUAUCCGUCCCUGUCUUUUGAGAUGACAAAUUUCUUCAUGCUCAUUUACCUUUCAUUAGGUUUGAGUCUUCCGGCCAAGGACGGAGCUCUGAUGGACAGUAGUACAGCCCUUCAGCCUUCUGCUCAUUUAAAAAAAGAAAAAAAAAGAAAAAAGAAAAAAAAAAAUCUUUCAUUGUUUCGAGUUGAUGUUGAUAUAUUCGGGAUAUAUCCUGCUGGUUUUCUAACCUGGAAGUACAGACGCGCACUGGUGGUGGAGCUCUGUCCUCUCUUGGAACAGAUGGCAGAGGUUGGCAUCUCACUCCGCUGCAUAGUUCUGCAGGUUUCAUGUGGGCUGUGCUAGUGAUCCCACAAAGAGGAUCACGGUCAAAAGUUGCAGUCCUUUCUUAAAAUCCUCUCGAUCCGUCUCAGGUAGGCGCCACACGCGAUGAUGGUGAUGAUGAUGUAUGAAGCAAUCAGCCAGUCUGUUGGUUUUAUUUAUUAAGUCUUGAGUCACAGUUGCCUUGAACAUCUCCUUGUUUCUAUAUCAAGGUUUAUGGAGUGUUUCAUCCACUGAGCUUUGGACAGAGGAAGAACUAAGUUUGCUUGUUCCAUAUCUCAGGAAUCUUGCACUUGUGGUAUUUUUACAAUGAAGGCUUUGUCUUGUGCUGUUGUUUGAGGCAUGUGUGCCUGGGGGCUAAAUACUGAGUGUAUUUGAAAAGCUCUUCCAAAACACGCUUUCAAGGUUGUUGGUUUUCCUUUUCCUAUUUGCGCUUUCUCUUUCAGUAGUUUUAAAAGGUUGACAUCUAUAAUGUGCGUCUGUAAGACUUUUAAAUAAUUUUCUAUGGUGAAUUUGCCAUUUUAAAGCUCAUAGAAGAGGGAAUCUGGUGCUUGCAUAGUAUUAGAAUGUGAAGCCAACAGUCUUUCAAUGGCAAAUCUGGAUGCUUCUUGGUCUGGAGUUCCCAUUAAUGGCAUAUCUGUCUUUAUCUUAUGCUUGUCUGAAUAACAGUGGAGAUUUGUCGUUGCACAAUAGACUAUAUAUCUUCAGAGAGGACACUUCACUGUUGUUUUCAGAUGUGUGGGUCUCCCAACUCUUUAGUCCUGAGAUAAUGCAUUCCUAAAAUCAGAAAGCAUCACUUGAUGGUUUGGUGGUAAAACUACUGCAUUUGUGAACCAACCAGUGUUGACAGACCACUCAUGUCAGGUAAAUAUACAUAUUUCCAGAAAACAAGUAUGCAAAUAGAAUUUAAGUGCUGACCUGUUGCGUUUAGAAUGUGAAAAGGGGGUAGGAUAAUUUAUUAUCUUCUGUCCAAAAGCUUUCAAUCAACCAGUGAGAUUUGCUGAGAUGUUUCGUAGCCUACGUGUAAGACUGCAUGCAAAAGUUCCUCUAUAACUGAACGCAAAGCCUGCAGAAAAUGCAUGAGAAGCAAAGUUAUGGUAAAGAAGCAUGUAAAUUGAGGGAUUAUUUUAUUUGUUUAAUUCCCAUUUCUAUUUUAGUACCACACCAAAAAGAAAACGUUAGAUCACUAUAUAUUUGGAAAUGAGUGUUGUGUAUGUGUGCUUAAUAGAAAUUAGUAGUAUUCAGUCAGGAAGACAAUGCCAGUUGUUACAAUCUGUUAGCUAAUGAUCGCUCAUGCCGUGCCUAAACCCAGAUAGCUUUCAUUUCAAAUCUUAUGUUUUCCGGGUUUUUGUUUUUCCAAUCGAUGUCUAGUACAGCAUUUAUUUUAUAGAAUGUUCACUGAAGCAUCAGUGUUUCUUUUCUUUUUUAAGUUUCAAAAGUGCAUACAUUGAGGGAGGUGUUUGUGUAAGAAUUAAGGUGUAACAUUUUCUCACCAGUGAACAACAGGAAACAGCCUUUCUCAGGGUUACUGUCAGACUAGGGAGAGGGGUUCAACUGCUCAGGCCUCACAUAUGAAAGCUUGUAAUGGGAAAAAAAAACAAAAAAAAACCUUUCUCAACAAGUCACUGGAUAUUACUUCUGUCAGCGUCUGCGUCAGCUGCCAAAGAUCACAGUAACACAACCCUAUCAAAGUGCCCACAUGCUGGCAGGGGGCAGGCCAAUGGCUGGCCACCCAAGGUAUACUACUAUUAGAUUUGCGUACUAAGAAGUUGAAGUUCGACCUGUCUUGAACACAGCUGUGCUGUGGCUUGGUCACCAAUGGUAGAACUCUUACAAUGCACCUGUUUCACUGUGAAGAGUGAAUGUAAUUACAAAAAUCAUGGUUGGUUCUAUCAAACCUGUAAGCUGCUAUGAGACGAUAAGGAACAUUCCACUGGGGAGAAAAAACGGCCAAAUGUCUGCAUGAAGUUAUUUAUUUUUUUACUCCUUUUUUUAUUUUUAUUUCUUUUUUGAGUAAUGGGGUCCAAUCAGUAGCAGACAGCUGGUCUGUUAUAAAACCUUUUUGCAGUGUGAAAAUUUAAGUACAUCAUGAUGGAUGUGGUUGUUUAACCCUUUCCCUUUGCUUAUCACUUUUCAGAGCAAAGUGAGGGGAGUCUUUUUAUCCUGAAAACGACCAGUUGUUUCUUACAAUGUGGAUCUCCAGAUUUUCUUGCCGUUUAUUUUUUUGUUUUUAUUCAUUUUUAUUUUCAGAAACUUAUGCAUUCACAAUCUGAACUUCUCACUAAAAGGAGCCAGGCAGCUUUGGACACCGAUCUGAGUUGACUUGCUGUUGCUUAUGUAGGCUACGCAUUUGCUCCGAUCUCUUACCUUAAUAAAAAUCACCUCAUGCCAGCCUUAAGAUUGCAAAGCUUGUAGUUGAGCAAGACCUUUCAGGAGUGAGAAUCAUAAAUGCUUCCUCUUACUGCUUUACUCCAUUUCUGAGAUUACACUCGACAAACCCAAAAAAUCAUCUUGUGUGACAGAUCCUCUGUGGUGUAGGUCAGAAACAAGCUUGACAAAAGUCAUUUCUUUAGGGCUGGCUUGCGUUACAAAGUUCAAACUAUGCAAGAGGAAUGCAUACAAUAUAGUGUCUAUUUUUUUUUUUUUUUUUUUUCUGUCACUUAAACGGAAAGAACUUACUUGCAAAUGUUGUUGGCCUUAUUAUUUUAAAAUUUUGAUUCUUCGGAAGCCAACUCAGUUUCAGGGGCAACCGUGGGUACAGACAUCGUCUCUGUGAGACUGGCCAGCUGGCCCCAGUUAAGUGGUACGAAUGUUGUGCAUUUGUUUAAAAUCAGGACAGUUUGCAAUAAGAAGUCGUAAAGUGGCCACCAUGGGGUACUAGCAGUGCUAAGACCUGGCUGCUACCUUAUAAACUUCGGGAAAAACACAAUGUGUAUAUACAUAUCUAUAUACAUCUAUAUACGUACAGUAUGUAUAUAUAGAUCAAUAUAGAAAUGUGUAUGCAACACAUGUCCAGAUUCUAUUUAUGAACAUGUUUAAAGUUUAUAAGCGUUAUUUACGAAAUGGUUUUCCCAUCUUAAAUGUUUAAUAUCUGGACAGGAGUGUUCUGUCUAAUUUUGUCUCCAGUGAGCACAUAGCAUUUUGAUUUUAUAUGUACAUCAGCAACGUGAAUCCACUGGCACCGUUGUGAACAUGCCAGAUGUGGUGAGAUUUUAUCGAUUGAAAAUGAUCAGAGGUAAAACAGAAGGAAAAUAUACAUAAAACUAAACUGACACAUUGGGCAAACCAGCUGAAUGUUGAUUGAGUUUAUGUUGAAUGGAUGCAUUUCUUUUAAUCGGUGAAUAAAAGCAUUAACGAAAA